AUGAAAUCUACUCUACUAUUCACACUCUUGCAAAUAUUUGCUACCAUCGCCACUACCAACGCAAGCUCCAUAAUGGAUGCCCGCCUCAGGACAAUGAAACAGCCAGAAAUGGUGGUUGUUGGAGCAGAAGACUACGACUCUUCAGUCGUUUCCUCCACCACAAAUUCUACGGAAGAAGAAACUUCCUAUGUAUACCUUCCGCAUCAAUUGGCACAAGCUGGAAGACUCGACGACUUGAAGGAUCUUUUGGAAAGCUAUCCAGACCUCAUCAACGAUGUCGACAACUACGGUUGGUCACUGAUGCACGAAGCCAGCCGAAGCGGUUCUACAGAAUUGGCAGACUACCUCAUCUCCAAGGGCGCCAAGCUUAACCCCAAAUCAAAUGAAGGACACACCCCACUAUUUGAGGCUGACAGAUUCAAUGGUCCAGAUUCUGAUAUUGUUAAGUUCCUCAUCAGCAAGGGAGCCCAAUUCGAUGCUCCCCAACAACGUCUUCGAGGAGCUCAAGAAGAGAUUACUCGCAAUUUUGCCCACUCUCUAGCUGCCAAUGGAAGACUCGAAGAAUUGAAGGAAUAUGUUGCCAAGCAUGGUUCUUCCGAACUUGUCAAGGCUCCAGACUCUUUGGGUUGGACUUGCCUAAUGGAAGCUGCUCGAUUUGGCCACCUUGACAUGGUUCUCUACCUGUUGGACCAAGAUGUGGAUGCCCACUUAAAGAAUAAGGGAGGACAAAAGGCAGUGGAUGUUGCCGAGCAAUUUCAAGGCAAAAAGUCCUCCGUCUAUCGCAUACUCAAUGGUGUGACUCGAUCAGCAUGA